AUGGACAUGCGUUGUAGUUCUUCACAUCAACAGCUGCCGGCUGGGCCAUGGACGGAAAUGGCAUGGACGUGGGCAGUCGUCUGUCUUUCUGUCCAGCGCUUCGUUGCUGCCGUUUCUGUCUUUGUCCUUGGACGCACCACGGCAUGUCUGUAUUAUGGUGAUGCUGGACAAAGCCUGUUGGAUGCGCUGCUUCAAUCCUGCCGGGAGAUUACCGACCUGAUCUUUGGCCUCCGCUGUUCUGACUGUACUGCACAUGGGAUGCGUCUCGAUGUCCUGGCGGUGGUGCUGGCUGUGCUAAGCACAGCUGGAUGGCUGCACACGUCCUGUGAAGACUACGAGAGCAGAGGUGCGAAGGACACAGCAACAGAUCAGGUGCCUCUUUGCAGCCCAGAGCUGAAAAUCCCAACGCCUUCCAGAGCGCGUGGGCGGAUGAAGUCGCCAUCACGACAUGUCCUGGGCCCUGCGGACUCUGCCGGGGAACUGCAGCUCCUGGCAACGAUAAACAACUGCUCCGCGGAGGAGCUACGGAGUAUUUUCCAGCAAGCCAGCCUGGAUUAUGUCGACGAAAUGGGAGCAGUCAAGCGACUCCUGCACGCACGGCAGCUGAGGACAAUUCAGACCUUGGAUGAGCUGGCCACCAGUGCCGGCAUCCACCGAGAAUCGGCCAUGCCCAGCAUGCCAAGCGGGGCGCAGGCAACCGACGUGGCAGGGUUGCUGGAUGACAUAGACGUUGAUGAUCUCGAAGAUCCAGGCGAGAACCCAUUCGAUCGGGAUGUUCCGUGGUUCUCGCUCUGGCCAGUGUCUGCCUUUGCAUGCGUGCCGGAGUAUGAUUUCACCACGGCAUUUUCAUCCUUUUGUUUUGCAUCGCUCUACAUAAGGCCAGAAGUUGUGAGCAGCUUGGGUGAGGUGUGCCAGGUGGUCAACAUUCAGAAAAUCAUUCUCAAGAACUUCCGUGAUGUGGGGAAAGGCACCUGCGCGUCAGUAGGUUGUAAGUGCUGGAUUGCAGUUCUGUUUCAUGGCAAGCUCAAGAAGCUGUUGGUCCGGCAGCCAGUGAGAUCCAUCUGCCAGGUACCGAGUGGACAGAUAGAAAUCCCUCACGACGAAGAGAGCGCCGAUCUCAAACCUGGCUCUGCGCUCUUCCUCCUGGAGAUCAAGGUCACCGAGGACCCUCCUCAGGGCGAGGCUGCGGUGGAUGUCUGCGGCGAGGUACUGGAUCUUGGAGUGAUGUCUCUGGGGGACAUUCCGCAGGUAGAGCCCCAGAUUGUUCCGCAGCUCUUCAAGACGGUGGUCGUGAAGCAAGUCCUCAACACUGUGGACGUGCACACGCCACGAAGCGAUGACAAGAAGGCAGACACUCCCUUCGUGAAGGCGAGGAGAACCACCAUGAUGGAGAACCUGCGCCAGGCAUUGAGCUACGGCGCAAUGCUCUCUGCCGGGUGGGUCUAUAUAGCUCAUAAUUGCAGCAGACCUUUGUGCGGAACCGCUGUUCAGUGGACCUCUUGUCUCGUGGCCACAUUCAGCCUAACGAAUCCCAACCACCAAGCAAUUUUCCGUCAGCUUACGUGA